AUGGCUAUGUUUCUUCUCAUUCCACUGUUAUUAUCUUCCAUUUCAUUGUUCAGCAUUUCAUCCGCAACGUUCUCACCACAACCCGGAAUCUGCUAUGGCCAGCUCAGCGACAACCUCCCACCGCCGCGAGAAUCGGUCUCCCUCCUAACCUCUCUUCACGCGAAGCGUGUGAAGCUCUACGACGCUAACCCGGCGAUCCUCCACGCGCUUCAGCACACGCGCCUCCAAGUCUCCGUCAUGGUGCCUAACGACCUCAUCUUCAACAUCUCCUCCAACCAAACCCUCGCCGACAAAUGGGUCUCCUCGAACGUCGCACCUUUCCUUCCCAACACCCACAUCCGCUACAUCCUCGUCGGCAAUGAAAUCAUCAGCAGCACCACCAAUGCCACGUGGCGCCACCUCGUCCCCGCCAUGCGCCGCAUCAAACACUCCCUUAAAUCCCUCGGGAUUCGCAAGGUCAAGGUCGGAACCUCCUCCGCCAUGGACGUGCUACAAACCUCUUUCCCUCCCUCAAACGCUGCGUUUCGUGAAGACAUAGCUAUUCCCGUCAUGAAACCCAUGUUGAAGUUCCUCAACCGAACCAAAUCCUUUUUCUUCUUAGACGUAUACCCUUUCUUCACUUGGUCCUCUGAUCCGGCAAGCAUAAACCUCGAUUAUGCGCUAUUUGAAUCGAAGAAUGUUACCGUAACGGAUCCAGGUUCGGGUUUGGUUUACACCAACCUCUUCGACCAGAUGGUAGACGCUGUUUAUUUCGCAAUCGAAAAACUUGGGUUUCCGGGUAUGCCGAUCUUUAUAGCGGAAACGGGUUGGCCCAAUGGCGGGGACCUUGACCAGAUUGGAGCUAAUAUUUACAACGCCGCCACUUUCAACCGAAACUUCAUAAAAAAGGUUACCAAAAAACCGUGGGUUGGGACGCCGGCUCGACCGGGUUCGGUUCUUCCCUCUUUUUUAUUCGCUUUGUUUAAUGAGAACCAGAAACCGGGUCCGGGCACGGAGCGGCACUUCGGGCUGCUGCACCCAAACGGGUCGAAGGUUUUUGAUGUUGAUUUGUCGGGGAAGACGCCGGAGUCGGAGUUCCGGCCGCUUCCAGCGCCGGAGAAUAAUGAGAAGUUUAAGGGGAAGAUAUGGUGCGUGGUGGCGCGGCAUGAUAACGCGACGGCGCUAGCGGCGGCACUUGCUUACGCGUGCUCGCAGGGGAAUGGCACGUGCGACCCGAUCCAAUCCAGAGGGAAGUGCUUUAAACCCGAUUCGGUUUUCUGGCAUGCCAGCUAUGCGUUUAGUGCAUACUGGGCGCAGUUUAAGAAGGUUGGUGCAACUUGUUACUUCAACGGGCUUGCCACACAAACCGCAAAGGAUCCAAGUUAUGGAUCUUGCAAGUUCCCAAGUGUGAUACUUUGA